AUGAAGAAAUUUACCCGUACUUUAAGCUUUCGACGCAAGCAUGCACCUAAAACAACCUCCUCAGAAGAUCAGCGAUCAUCCUAUUGGGAAGAGGAUAGCUACAAAGUCAAACAUGGUCAAAUUGUCUUCCCUGUCAAGUAUUUAGGUUCUUUAGAAGUAACUAAAUCUCGUGGUACAGAUAUAUGCCAUGAAGCUGCAAUGGCCAUGAUGAAGAACCACAAAAGGAAGAAAACGAGCUUGGUAAUCAACAUCAAUGGUGUUCGAGUAACAGAUGAAAAUACGAAGCAAUUGCUAUUAGAUCAAACUGUGGAAAAAAUCUCCUUUUGUACUCCGGACCCCAAGGAUGAUCGUCUUUUUUCAUAUAUUUGCCGUGAUGGCACAUCAAUGAAAUGGUUAUGUCAUUCCUUUCUCACUGAUAAAGCCUCUGGAGAAAGAAUUAGUAAUGCUUUAGGCUCUGCAUUUUCCGAAUCUUAUUUACGUAAAGAGGAUUUAAGAAAAAAAGAAGUUGCUAACGAAGUAUGUUCAGUAAGCCUUCUUUUAUUCGAUUUUAUCUUCAUAUUCUUUAAAACAAUGUGCCUUAUAUAUAUAUAUAUAUGA